UCGGAGCAACCCGUGCGACCAGACUGCCUCGGUGCAACACCCCCUUCUCCCCGAGUUCGUGUCUCUUCACGUGUCCCGUCGAGCUCUAACUCGCGCCGUCCUCCUGAUCUUGAAAGGAAUUCUACUCCGUACUGAAUUCAUACAACUACUCUCCGUGCCUACUCACCGUUCCAGUGAAGCUUGCCGUAUCCUACUCACCCAACAUCGCUCAACGUGACAUUGAAACAUCAUCGUCAACAUGUCUUUCUUCGGUCUGGACCUCGCCCAAAAGGGGCUCUCCCUUUACACUAUCCCGGCCGCCUUCGUGAUGGCCAUGCUGCCCAACGUCUACGCCGUCUCCGGAGCAGGGGCGCACUACGACCUCUGCAACCCGCGAAAGAUCCAGACCAGCGUCGUGGCCGAUGACAAGAUAGACAAGAUUGCCAAAGCCCGCAUCCUCCGUGCCAAGGCCGCUUCGGAGAACGCCUUUGAGACACUCGGCUUCUACUCGGCUGCCGUGGUCGCCGCCAACUUCUCCGGUGUGGACGCCGAGACUGUCAACGUCUUGACGCUGGGCUACAUCGGCUCCAGGGCCUUGUACAACAUCAUCUACGUGCGCCUGCAGGACAACCGGAGCUUCGGCCCCGUGCGAAGCCUCGCUUGGCUUGCCAGCAUCGCCAUCACUGUUACGUUGUAUGCCAAGGCAGCUACACAAUUGGCGUCUUCCUGAGCUGGGCUCUUCGAUGAUAAUAGCUCUCAGCGGCAUGGGGUACAACCUUUGCCGCGUCUAAUGAAACUUUUUUUUUUUUCAAUUCAAG